AUGUCCGGUGCUAAGGGCCCUCCGCUGGGGGCCGGGGGCGUGGCUUCAGGGGCCAGUGGCGCUCGUAGAAGGAGGACGCGGUGCAGACGGUGCCAGGCCUGCCUCAGGACAGAGUGUGGAGAGUGUCAUUUCUGUAAAGACAUGAAGAAAUUUGGAGGACCAGGACGCAUGAAGCAGUCGUGUCUGCUGCGCCAGUGCACGGCGCCCGUCCUGCCUCACACGGCCGUCUGCCUGGCCUGCGGUGAAGCCGGGAAAGAAGACACGGUCGACGACCCGGACGACAAGUUCAGCCUGUGCCUCAUGGAGUGUACAAUCUGCAAUGAGAUCAUCCACCCAAGCUGCCUCAAGAUGGGAAAAGCUGAAGGAAUCAUAAACGAUGAGAUCCCCAACUGCUGGGAGUGUCCCAAGUGUCACAAGGAGGGGAAGACCAGCAAGGACCAGACUGACGGCUCAGGGAAGCGGCGUCUCGAUAACGGCGAGGUGGGACGGUGGAAGAUCACAGACGAGCCUCCUCCCAAGAAGAAGGCGCUACCCGCAGGAGAUGAGGUGUCCCGCAGCGAUAGCAGAGGAGGGGAGGGGAGGGCUGAGGGAAGGGCCGAGGGGCGGAGCAACGAGAGCAGAGCGGAGGGUCGAAGCAACGAGGGACACAAGAGGAAGAAGGACAAAGAGCCCGCCCCCGAUGCCAAGAAAAAGAUCAAAGGAAACCACGAGAAACGUCUCAAAAAGAAGCCCAAACCGGAGGAGAAUGGUUCUGGCUCUGGGGGCGGGGCUCAGGGCUCAGGGGCAGGGGCUUCCAGCGUGGGCACGUCUGGGUCUGGCUCGUCCAAUCAGGACCAGCGUUCGCACCAGCGCGAGAAGCUGGAGCGGUUCAAACGCAUGUGUCUGCUGGAACGCCGCCUGUCUUCUUCCUCUUCCUCUUCCUCCUCCGAAUCAGACUCCAGUGACUCUGACAGCGACUCGGCCAAUCACAGAGCAGGCAGCCCGCCCAGCUCACCCUUUAGCCCCGCCCACAGGGAGCGCAAGUACAGCGAGCGCGAGAGAGAGCGCGAGAGGGAUCGCCGGCUGGCCGAACUCGGCUUUAGCGCCAGCGACGAAUCAGACGACCCCACACGAGCAGAGGACCCUGAGGAGAGGGAGGAGCCUAAGAGGAGGGGAGAGGGGCUUACACUCAAGAGGAAGACCAUGGAGACUGAUGAAGAUGAGGAGGAGCGCAGAGACAGGAAGUCGUCCCUCCCCUCUCCGCUCUCGUCCAAUCAGAUGUCAGCGUCUGGACCACAUGACGUGUUUGUGCCCAAGCAGCGAAACAACGGCGCAGACUCAAGGAACGGUCGCCGCAACAAUGUAGUGGGCGGAGAGAAGGAGAAUGCCUCCACCAAUCACAGGCACGGCACAGCUCCUGGGGCAGGGGCCAAGACUGGAGCCAGGAGCCGGUCAAAGCUGCGCUCUAAACCCUCGGGCUCCGGCGCUCGCCUUGGCUCCGCCCCCUCUCUGCCCUCGUCCAAUGGGAGCUCUGCGGUGUCUCUGCCCCUUCCCCGCUGCAGACCCCCGGCCCCACCCUGUCCUCCGCGGCCACCCCGGCCUCUGGAGCGCCACCUGGUGAAGCCUCCCCCGCACUGCCCCGAGCCCUCGCUGUUACCCCUGACAACAGGCCACGCCCACAUCCUGCACCGCGACACCUGGGUCCGUGUGUUUGCCCACCUGAGCCACCGCGAGCUGUGUGUCUGUAUGAGGGUGUGCCGCACAUGGAGCCGCUGGUACGUGACCUCCUCCUCAUGUGUUCACCUCCUCCUCAUGUGUUCACCUCCUCCUCACGUCCUGUCUCCUCCUCAUGUGUUCACCUCCUCCUCACGUCCUGUCUCCUCCUCAUGUGUUCACCUCCUCCUCAUGUGUUCACCUCCUCCUCAUGUCUUCAUUCCUCCUCAUGUCCUCACCUCCUCCUCAUGUCUUCACCUCCUCCUCAUGUCUUCACCUCCUCCUCAUGUCCUCACCUCCUCCUCAUGUCCUCACCUCCUCCUCAGGUCCUCACCUCCUCCUCAUGUCUUCACCUCCUCCUCAGGUCCUCACCUCCUCCUCAUGUCUUCACCUCCUCCUCAUGUCUUCACCUCCUCCUCAUGUCUUCACCUCCUCCUCAUGUCCUCACCUCCUCCUCAUGUCCUCACCUCCUCCUCAUGUCUUCACCUCCUCCUCAUGUCUUCACCUCCUCCUCAUGUCCUCACCUCACCUCCUCCUCAUGUCCUCACCUCCUCCUCAUGUCCUCACCUCCUCCUCAUGUCUUCACCUCCUCCUCAUGUCCUCACCUCCUCCUCAUGUCUUCACCUCCUCCUCAUGUCCUCACCUCCUCCUCAUGUCCUCACCUCCUCCUCAUGUCCUCACCUCCUCCUCAGGUCCUCACCUCCUCCUGUGUGCAGGUGCUGUGACAAACGUCUGUGGUCGCACAUAGACCUGAGUAGACAGAGGUCCAUCACGGCGCCCAUGCUCAGUGGGAUCAUCAGACGACAGCCGGUGUCUCUGAAUUUGGGGUCCACCAACAUCUCCAAGAAGCAGCUGAUGUGGCUCCUGAACCGGCUUCAAGGUCUGGAGCAGCUCUUCCUGCCUGGGUGUCUCUGGUCUUCGGUCUCCGCUCUCUGUUUGACCGUUUGUCCUGGACUCAGACUCUUGGAUCUGAGCCGAGUGGAGGAGCUCAAGGACUCCCAGCUGAAGGAGCUGCUAGCUCCGCCCACGGAACUGCGCUCUGCGCACGGCGACUGCAGAGGAGGGCGGUUCCAGGGCGUCACUGAGCUACGAUUGGCCGGUUUGGAGGUGACAGACGCCGCGACUCGUUUACUGCUGCGCUACACUCCUCAUCUGCAGAGACUGGACCUGAGCCACUGCCCCCUGCUGUCGGACCAGGGCAUCGCCACACUGACCUCCGGACUGUGCCCACUGCGGCUCGGGCACCUCGGGCUGGCAGGGUGCGUGCGCCUGUCGGAGCAGGCCGUCGCGCUCUUGCGCCGCUGCUCCUCGCUCCAGACCGUGGAUUUACGCUCGUGUAUGCAGCUCUCAGCAGAAACGGCUCAGCUCUUACAUUUCCCGUCAUCUUCUGCUGCUUGCACCGCCUCCGCCCCUCCCACUUCCUGUCCACUGCUGAAGAACAGCUAG